AGGUCGUCAGUGCUGUACCGACUCUUGUAGAGAGAGGACCACUACGCGCUCUCUCUCCCUCACACCGAGUCUGUCGAUUACUCUGUUCCACUAAUGUUUAUCGCCUUAAUUGUGCACUCUCUUACGUCAGCAAGAUUUUAAUGGUGUUUUGCAAGAGAACCUGAACUGACUUCUCUCUUGUUUGAGGUGAAAAUUUCUACGUGAUUAUAGAUAUUUGUCCUUUAAAAGUUGAUAUGGAUUGUUAUUGACAGGAGUUAUUGAUAAGUAACAUCAAGUGGCCGAGAGUGAAUAUUUUUUUCCCUCCAUUGGUUGAUGAAAAUAACUUGGAUGGUGAUUGAUACUCGCGGGGUGACUGAUGGGAACUAACUUUACCACUGAAGAAAUAUGUGUACGCGAUGAAGAGUUUUAACAACGUCUUGGAUCAUUUAUCAAAACAAAUGUCUAUUCUGCAGGAGAUAGUUUGAACCCACAACGGAGUGAAGACAAUGAAACUCUCGCCGGUGUUGACGAUGCUGAUCCCUGUGUUGGGUGCAGCUCUGGUAGCGUCAGUGGGUGACACGGAGGACGGCGGGCGGGAGGCUCCAGCAGACGUCUUACACCACCGUGAAGAACCCUACUUCGACUACCAUGAGUCAGUCAACGUCACUGGCCUCCUGGGAAAAACUGUCGUCCUCAAUUGUCGCGUCAAGAAUAUUGGAAACAAGACGGUGUCGUGGGUGCGUCACAGGGACAUCCAUCUCCUGACGGUGGGAGCCUUUACCUACACCUCCGACGAAAGGUUCUCAGCCCGCCAUGCAGAAGGCUCUGAGGAUUGGCUACUGAUGGUUCACUACCUACAGGAACGAGACGCCGGGCUGUACGAAUGUCAGAUCUCGACCACACCACCACAAAGCCACUACGUCCACCUGUCUGUUGUAGAGCCAGAGACCGUGAUCACAGGAGGACCAGACUUAUACAUCAAUACAGGGAGUCGUUUGGCCCUGACCUGUAGUGUGAAGUACAGCCCUGAGCCGCCAGCCUUCAUCUUCUGGUACCACAACGAUAAGCUUGUGAGUUACGAGCGUCACCGAGGGGCGGGUGUGGAGGUAUCAACUGAGAGGGGAGUGGUCAGUACCUCCAGGCUGCGGGUGGCGGUGGUGGAGCAGCGUCACUCCGGCGUCUAUACCUGCUCACCUGCCAACUCCCAGCCCAGGAAGGUUAAUGUACACGUGAUUGCAGGUGACACGCCAGCAGCCAUCGUGCAUGAGAACAACAGCUGCGUCGGGGUAGUGGUGGGUCCCCCCUGCCACACCUGCUACACUUGCAUCCUUCUCACCUGUCUCUUUCUCCUCCUUCUUGCACACCUGACUUAACCUAACCUCAACUGAAUCAAGCCAACACAAAGUAAAUUUAAUCUAACCCAAGCUAACCUGACCCGUUUUCAACUAGCCAAAGCCUAACCAAACCUUAGCUAAAUUUCACCUAAUCUGAGCGUAACCUAACCUAACCUAGUCUAGAUUUAACCGAGCUUGAACAUUCCCUAAUCCUACCCUUAACUGAAGCAUAGUGGACCGAAAUUAACCUAACCUAAUCAAACCCUAUCUUAAGGGCACACUAACCUAGUUUACACUUAACCUAACGUAACCUACACCUAAGAUACCCAAACUUAACCUAACCUAACCAAACAUUAACCCAAAUCAAACUUAACCUAACCUAACAUUAACCUAAAUCAGACUUAACCGGACCGAUCCUCUUCAAAUUCAUCGUACUUUAAACUAAUUCCCUAACUUAUAUUUAUUGUCAAUCUAAAAUAUUUAACCUAACGCAACCCAAAUUAAACCAAACCUAACUUAACCUAACCUACGAUAACUUAACCUAACUUAACCUAACCUACGAUAACUUAACCUAACUUAACCUAACCUACGAUAACU